AUGGAUGAACAGGUGUCGCGGAGGGAUGAACAGGUGUCGUGGAGGGAUGAACAGGUGUCGCAGAUGGAUGAACAGGUGUCGCAGAUGGAUGAACAGGUGUCGUGGAGGGAUGAACAGGUGUCGCCUAGGGGUGAACAUGUGUCACGGAGGGAUGAGCAGGUGUCACUGAAGGGUGAACAGGUGUCGCGGAGGGAUGAGCAGCCUUUACCUCUGGAAGGGUUUCGACCCAAGCAGAAUCAAUCAAUACCUCAUUAUCUUCUUAAUAUGAGUGAUAAACUCUACGAGUGUCAAGCGUGUGGGAAAACAUUUAGUCGUCUUGGAAAUAUGAAGAACCACAAAAUGGUGCAUACUGAUCUUAAACCUCGCACUUGUCUCGAAUAUGGUGAAAGUUUCUGCCAAACUGGAACUCUGAAAAAACUCAAGAGGGCAAAUUUGGGUAGUAAAUCAUAUGAGUGUUUUGAGUGCGGAGAAACGUUCAGCCGAAUAAAAAAUUUAAAGAAACACAAAAUGAUGCACAAAGGUGAAAAGCCCUUCAGCUGUGAUAAACACAGAAUUGUGCAUACGAGAGAUAAACCCGAGUGUCCAGAGUGUGGGAAAAAAAUCGGUGCACUUGGAACUAUGAAGAAACACAUGAUGGUGCACACGGGUGAAAAGCCUCAUAGGUGUAAUGUGUGUGGGAAAAAUUUGAGUAGUCGUAGCAGUCUAAAUGAUCACAUGUUAAUGCAUACUGGAGAAAAACCUUUCAAGUGUGAUGAGUGUGGAAAAAGUUUCAGAGAUAAACCCGAGUGUCCAGAGUGUGGGAAAAAAAUCGGUGCACUUGGAACUAUGAAGAAACACAUGAUGGUGCACACGGGUGAAAAACCUCAUAGGUGUAAUGUGUGUGGGAAAAAUUUGAGUAGUCGUAGCAGUCUAAAUGAUCACAUGUUAAUGCAUACUGGAGAAAAACCUUUCAAGUGUGAUGAGUGUGGAAAAAGUUUCAGGUAUCGUAGGCAUAUAGUUAGGCACAUAAUAGAGCAUUCUGGUGAGAAACCUUACGAGUGUCUAGAGUGUUGUAAAAAAUUCUUUCGAAACGGACAUUUGAAGAGCCACCGAAGAGUGCAUACUAGAGAAAAAUUUCAAGACUGA